CUGCCUGGAAAGAAAAAAAAGAAACUCCUCCCCUGACCUGGAGCUCCCAUUGUACUUCCUCAAAAUCCACCCCGUUAUAAAGUCACACUCUGACACAGUUUACCAGCAGAAGAAGACGGACUCACACUCACAGAACUUCGACAAACUCUUCUACUUUUGGACUUCAGGAUGUUGCAGUGUUUGUGUGUGUUGCUGCUGGCGGCCUCCGCUCUGAGCCACCUGGAUGAAACCACUCUGGACAGCCAGUGGGAAGACUGGAAGAGCACACACCGGAGGGAAUACAACGGCCUGGGUGAGGAGGGGAUCCGCCGGGCCAUCUGGGAGAAGAACAUGCUGAUGAUUGAAGCCCAUAACCAGGAGGCGGUGCUGGGAAUACACUCCUACGAGCUGGGGAUGAACCACCUGGGAGACAUGACGUCAGAGGAAGUGACCGAGAAGAUGACCGGCCUGCUGCCACCAACGAUCGGCCAGCGCAGCUUCACCAUGGCUUUCGACGACAAGCUGUCCAAACUCCCCAAAUCUCUGGACUACCGCAAGAAGAACAUGGUGACAGCAGUGAAGAACCAGGUCAGAAACCACUCUGAAACCUGGUCCUGUGGCUCCUGUUGGGCCUUCAGCUCGGCCGGGGCCCUCGAGGGCCAGCUGGCCAAGACCACGGGGAAGCUGAUGGACCUGAGUCCCCAGAACCUGGUGGAUUGCGUCACAGAGAACUCCGGCUGUGGAGGAGGAUACAUGACCAACGCCUUCAACUACGUGGAGGAGAACGGAGGCAUCGACUCUGAGGAGGCCUACCCUUACGUUGGAGAGGACCAGCCUUGCCGCUACAAUUCCUCCGGUAUGGCCGCCCAGAUCAAAGGUUAUAAGGAGGUUCCUGUUGGCGAUGAGCGGGCGCUGGCUGUGGCUCUGUUUAAAGCCGGGCCCAUCUCAGUGGGCAUCGACGCUGGGCUCAGCACCUUCCAGUUCUACCAGAAAGGUAUUUACUACGACCGCAACUGUAACAAAGACGACAUCAAUCACGCCGUGUUGGCAGUGGGCUUCGGAGUGAACAGCAAGGGGAAGAAAUUCUGGAUCGUGAAGAACAGCUGGAGCGAUACCUGGGGAAAGCAGGGCUACAUCAUGAUGGCACGAAACCGUGAUAACCUCUGCGGCAUCGCCAACCUCGCCAGCUACCCCGUCAUGUAAAGAGAGGACAAAUCGGGUUUUCUUAGACUACACACUAACAGACACACGUGGAAAUGUAAGCAGGUGAUUAGCCCAACAUGUCCACCACCACUACAGCAAAUAACAGAAGAUUUCACCACGUUUUUGUGGGGUUUCAAACAUACUGUCCAUUAAUAAUACAACACAAAAUGUUCACUUCCGGUGAUAAAAAGGGCAAAAUGUUGUGUGAAGUCUUGGAUCCAAAUGUCCUUAAAAUCAUUUCUUGAGGAGAUUUGGUUAUCUCAUUUGAAGCACUUUGAACCCCUUAGACUUUUUUAGUUUUAUCUUCCAAGCAGCAGACCUCCACUCAGAUUUAGUACCUCAGGGCAUUGUGUUAGGAACCCUAACAUAUGUUGGUUUGCUGCCAAAUUGAAUUUACAAACACACCAGGCACUUCCAACACAGAGGCAGUCUGGCAGUGUUUGACAGUCUUGGUCCUUACACUUUAAUCACAGUUUGUGUGAGAAUGAAACAGAGACGAAACAUUGCUGGGCGAUGGAAGUCUGUUCCUUUAUAAUCGUUACGAACUUUACUUUUGUUUUUGUUGUUCUGUUCAGCACCUUUCUGAAGAUCAAACUGUAAACUGAUGUUUUCUAUGAAUAAAGGUUUCACUUUGAAGUUUAA